UGUACAAAAUUAUAUAUAAUGAAAAGACCGUUCGUGGAACUGAAAUAUUAAAUGAAAAUGAACAACAAAACAUGGCCCCAGACGAAAUGGUGAGCGACAUUGCAAUUCAGGUUGUUGGAAAGAACCUGAAAAGAAAACUGCAGGACUUGCGGGAAAGCGCAAAAAAGAUAAUUGAAAUUUCGCAUCUUUGCACAGACGAAAGGAGAAUAGACACUGCUGUUGAGGCUCUUAAUUCAAUUUCUUCUACUGUGGCAAAAUGCAUACCCUUUAGCAGUGGGCUGCCUUCAGAUAGUCAGAAAACUGGGAAAACAAACACUGGAUUACAAAAGAAA